AUGCUUUAUUGGACUAAUUCAAGGGCCUUUUUUCUUAGGUGUCUAAGGAUGAACAAAGCUCAAAUGAGAGACCCAGUUAUUGCGCGCGCUUGUUGGCAGAGUGACAUUGUUUAUGAGAAUCUUGGAUUACCAAAGGAAAUGACCAUUUGGAUUGAUCCGGGAGAGGUGUCAUGCCGGUAUGGUGAAACGUCAACCCCAUUUUGUGUUACCCAGUUGGAGGGUCAAAAGAGAGAUGGUGAGUUCUCUCGUAGGAUAAAUAAUGCAGUGGAAAGAGCUUCAUCGGACUACCACUCUGGAACCUCCUCAGAUGAGGAGGGAGGAAACGCCAGCAUGAGCAGCAGCGUGAGUGGCAGCAGUCUUUUCGUUCCAGAGCCUAAAUGCAUCCCAACGGUUUCCAACCCAAACAGUGUCUACCAGUUCAGUGAGUUCGGGCAGCCCCCACCUAUGCAGAACUGGGGCACAUACCCUAAAAGAAAGCCAUAUGCCUCUGAGGGCUACCAGCAGCAUUCCUUAGGUGGACCAUACCCACCUCAUAAGAGUUUCAAGGGUUACAGGCCUUCCUAUGCCUUCUGUGGUCCAAGGGUGGACCGAUAUCACUGGGUCAGCAAGAACCGCUCCUAGAUUUUAUUUUUAAAACCAGUGUAUUGUUUUGCUGAGCAGCUAUGCAGGCAUAUGUGAGUGUUCUAGAAUAUAACUUAAUUUCUAUGUAGAGCUUUAACAAAUUAUUUAUGGAGUCAUGUGGCAAUGCCAUGAAGGCACUUUUUAAAGUUUAUUUUAAUGAUUUAUUUGUGGAGUGUAGAAGACUUUCUAAAUAAAAUCUAUUUUAUUAACUUGCUUGUGGAAGUGCUUAGUCUAUGCUUAUGCCACUAGAUGGUGGCAAAUAUCUACAAUAUAAUCUUCUCACUUGUUUAACUUCCCUCUAUAAGUUCAUGACCGCUGAUGAAUUCUGAAUGAGAUGGUUUGGUUGUACACUAAUGCUUAUUUCUAUUUAAGUGUACAUGGUUUAUACUUAUUUAUUUUAUUUUUUUUAAAUCCUCGUUGUGAUUUGAGUAUGCAUUGUACUGUAUAUGGUAAGCCAGAAUGAUGUGAGAUUUUCUCUUUCCCCCUGGGUGUAUGUUUCUGAGAAUUGACUCAUGAAAAGGAAAAUGGGGUGUGGUCUGAGUUUGUCACUAAAAGUUGAGA